GUGGCUUAUAAAUGACCACCACGCGUUUGCGUCCGUCUGCCGCCGGUCGCUCUUCGCAUCUCCUCCUCAGCCCCGUCGCCUGUUUCCAUGGCGUCUUCCACCCUUAAACGUUGGUUAAGGCCCGAGGUCUACCCGCUGUUUGCGGCGGUCGGGGUGGCGGUGGGCAUCUGCGGCUUCCAGCUUGUCCGCAACAUCUGCAUCAACCCGGAAGUGAGAGUUAGCAAGGAAGGAAGGGCUGCGGGAGUGCUGGAUAACCAUGCGGAGGGAGAGAAAUAUGCAGAGCAUAGUCUCCGUAAAUUCGUCCGGAACAAAAACCCAGAGAUCAUGCCAGCAAUCAACAAUUUCUUUACUAGGCCGGAAACAGAGUGAAGCAUUUCAGGAGGAUCAGCUCAAAGUGAUAAUAAAACCCUUGUUCGAAACCAUGGAUAUUGGGUCAUGUUUGUUUGAGAUCGCACUGUGUUCUCAAAGACAGUGUGUGUCAUUGAUUUAUAAUAUUCAGUAGUUUCUGAUAACUUCAAAGCUUCAAUUUGAAGCUUAAAUUAGUAUCCUAACAUCCAAAUGUUGGGAAGCCAAGAUUGCAGUAAUAAUGGAUGCCUUAAAAUUGCUCAA